AUGAGUAAGAAGAGACGCGGAAACGGCAGGAACCAGAAGGGACGAGGCCACGUCCGGAACGUGCGAUGCUCUAACUGCUCGCGCUGUGUUCCCAAAGACAAGGCCAUCAAGCGGUUUUCCGUGAAGAACAUGGUCGAGGCUGCUGCCGUCCGUGACUUGUCCGAGGCGUCCGUCUACCAGGAGUACGCUCUCCCCAAGCUCUACGUCCGGUUGGCAUACUGCAUCUCGUGUGCUAUCCACGCCAAGAUCGUCCGUGUUCGUUCAGGCAAGCCCGGAGCUAUCAACUCCCGAAAGAACCGUGCCCCCCCUCCCCGUGCUAUCUUCCGAGACGGCAAGAGGAUCAACCCCGCCGUCGCUGCCGCCAUGGAGUCCAAGACCAAGGCUGCGGAGAAGACGGCUUGA